AACAUUCAUCUUUGAGUUCAGAAGAAUUAUCAGUUUACAAAUCAUGUUAAACAAUUUGAACUGUUGAAAGUUUUAGCAAAGAGUGGUCGUAACUUUAAUUAUUAACGUAUGUUUUGUAUUUCAAAAUUUUCUCGUUUCUUAUUUUUCAAGAUUCACUGGGUAAACUGACUAGGUUUAUGAUUAGUUAACAAAAGAUGGCGUUUUUGUAAUUGUAAAAUGUGUGAAAGUCCAGUCUAACAGACAUUCUUGUUCAAACUGCAUCUUUUUUUACUCAAACAUUUUAAAUUUGAUUUUUGUACAGUUAAAUUACAAUAUUGUGUUUUAAUCCAAAUCUGUGAAAAGAAAUAAUGGCUUCAUUCGAACUUGAUGAUCAACUAACAAUUGUGAAUCGAUCGACGGAACAUCGUAUUAGUAAAAAACUAAUUCGUAAAGUGCCUUAUUUUGAAAAAUUGUUGAACCAUGAAUGCUUGGAAUCAAAGGAAAAUGCAGUUGUACUCGAUUUUGAUGAACAAGCUUUCAAAUUAUUUCUAAAUUGGAUUGAAUUCGAUCAUGUUUUGAUCGAAAUGAAAAAUGUAAUAAACCUGUGCACCAUAAUUGAUUAUUUUGGAAUGGACACUAAGUUGAUUAACGAUUGCGCUACCUAUUUUAGUGAUAAUUUUUCAAUCAAGCACCUUCCAGUUGUGAUUCCACAAGUGACUUAUACGUCUUAUUGCAUAAACUCUGGUGCUCUGAACGCUUUCAUCUGUCGCCAUUUCUUGAAGAUAGCAAACACAACUGUUUGGUUAAAAUAUCCUAUUGAAAUCAUUGAGUGUAUUUGCCAUAAGGAUUUAAUGAUUCAUUCAGAGGUACAAGUUUGCAAUGCGAUCAUGAAAUGGAUCCAUUUCAAGCGUAAUUCCAGGAAGGGCUAUCUUGAAAGAUUAUUAAAGUUGGUUCGAUGGUGCCAUUUGGAUGAUAAGGAUUCUGUUGAAAUAAAGGGAAAUGAUUUCAUCAGAUUUUCUUUCCUUAAAGAUGUAUUUAGCCCGCUUGAUCAACGCGAUGGUGUUUGCAUCAACCGAACGAGUCAAUAUUAUUUUGUCCUAGUUGAAACAUUGGAUGGUACAGAUUUGCAGAUCAAAGUAUUUGACAGAAAUUUUCUGCCAUUUAUUAAACGGGUCAUCAAACUAGAUGAAUCAUUGCCUUUGCAUCUUUUCCACAACGAAACUGUUUCUGAUAUAGCUAUUGAUUCGGCAAGGAAGAUGAUUCGUGUUGAUUGGGAUCAAAAUAAGUAUCGUUGGAUUGACUCAAAGGAAUUUAAAUCUCAUUGUAAAAUUCAAGAAUAUAUGCUUGAAAAGAGCGAGGAAAAAGAAACUAGUUUGGCUACGCGCUCUAUGUGUGCCAGUAAAUAUACUAGCGGAGCUUCUCUACUAGAAUUCAAUGAUAAGUGCGUUUUGUUGACGGAAGAUAUCAUCUCCUGUACUCCUUCGCCUUUCCUGCCAGGUACUAGGUCACCAAUUUUAAGCAACUGGUUUGAAUAUAAAUUAAACUUGCGUUGUUGGACAGCACCAACUGAUGGUCAGAUUGCGAGAUUUAAUAGUUCAGAAAGAAAUGUUUUGACAACUAUUUUGGAUAAUAAAAUUUAUAUCAUGACAAGUAGUCGUGCAUUGAUCCAGUUUAAUAUUGACAGUCAAGAGAUGAAAACGUUUGAACGUAAAGGUACAUCAAACUUGGGUGAUUUAAUUUUAACUUCCAAGCCAUCACAUGAUGAUAAGGUUUUGUUGAUCGACAGAUCCAAUAAUGUUGUUGAGUGUUUCAAUGUCAAAGACGAAGAAUGGACUCCAUUUGGUCUUUUGGCUAAUAUUUGUACUUCUACUGGUGAUCAAAGGAAGUCCAAUAUGCUGUUGACUUUCACCUCAGCCUUUUUACCGAUAAACAUUAUUUUAUCUUGCACUUGUGACUGAUUGUGCACGUGAUUUGCGUAAAUCAAUGGAAUAGCACUUAUUUUGUCAAUAAUAACAAAACUAACUGUAUUGAAUGCAUUUGAUUCAAACCAACUUUUAUUUCGAAACCUUUGAAAAAAUAUAUUUAAUUGAAAUUAUUUUUUGCAACGAUUAAAAAGCAAUCAUAUUGUGAUAA